ACUGUCCUGUUCAGAAGUGUGCAAAAUUCUGAUUCAUCCCCAAUUCACGACACAGCUUACAGUAUCACCCUUCACCUUAUCUUCAAAAACCCCAUUUCUAGGGUUUUUGUCCAUAACCACUCCCCUCUCCUCCAAACAACCAAAAAGGCAAAAACCCAUAUCAGGGUUUUCACCAAAACCCCUUUAUUUGAAGCCAAAAAGAAAUGGAAAAACCAGCAACCCCAAAUGCACUACCACAAGACAAAAACGGCAGCGCCCAGAAGAGAAAGCUGCUAAGCGCGCAAGAGCUAAUAUCCCAGUAUGAGUCCCAAGGGCUUGACUCACAACAAGCUUCUAUCAAGGUCAUAGAGGAGCUCCAGAAUGCCCUCUUCAGGGUCAUCUCCUCUGGGAGAAACAGGAAGGACAAGCUCAUGAUUGAGACUUCCAAAAAGAUUGAUGCCACAAACACAAGGCUUGCUGUUCUUGACAUGAAGGUUGAUUCCAAGCCUGGGUUUGGUGAGACUUUUGCUAUUGGGGUUGCUUCUGGUGUGACCUUGAAAGGGAUUGGAAGUGUCAUGCCUCAUGUUCUUGAGGGUCUUGCUCAGAUUUGGAAUUCUUUUUGGAAUGUCAACAAGUCUUCACCUUGAAAUUAUUAUUGGAUAUGUUUCUUUUUGUCUUUUUUAUUUUUAUUUUUUGGGUUAUAAAUUUUCACUAUGUUUCUUUAGACUUUUUUUGAGUUUAGUUGAAUUUGUUUGUAGGGGUAAAGUGAUGGAAAUGUUAUUGGAUACUCCAUUGGGAUUCUGUUUGUAAUGCUACAGAGGCCUUAUAUCCUUUGAUUGAAUUUGGUUUUGUGAUCAAA